AUGCGUUCCUUUGAGCACCACCAUCCUCGACGGGGCUCACGCCUGGCCGGCGGCAGCCGUAAACGGCGCCGGGUGGAAUCCACCCCCGGAUCUCGGACCGAGCCGGAAGAAACAACGACAACGACGACGACGAAUGCAUCCGACAACCAAAACAACGCUGAUGCCCAAGGCGAGCAGCAGCAGCAGGCGUCGUCUUCCUCAGACCACACCCUCGAUCAUACAGAGCUGUGGUCCGAUCAGAACUUCUUCGCUGUCGACCCGUUCCCCAUUGACCCGCGAGGGCCGUUCAGCCAGGCUCUUCUAGAUGAGUUCCUCGCCCCUGAUACCGCUCGAGAGGCUUGGGAUGCGGACCUGGCAAGUCUCGCCAGUGAGCAGUCGCAGUCAAGUAGUACCGUCGAAGGCGACCUUGUCACCAGGAUCCUCUUCCCGGAUCUGCCGAGUUUGCUACACCGUCAAGUCGAUCUUGGCCUCCUGAACCCCUUCGCCGAGGGCUCGGUUGGCAGAUACAACGCCCCUAGAACCGUCGUUGCAGCGGAAGGAGAGGUCAAUGGCUACCUCAAGUUUCGCUUGCAACGCACACAGACAGGCUUCACUGAGACGCGCAAGGGCAACAGGGUGUUCGGCCGCACCUCCUUUGGAACCCGGCAGCGUCCGUCCGCGUUGGCGCAAUGGGAAAGGACAAUCAUCCCAUUACUGCCCUCAGGGUUCGGGAGAGCAUUAAAGCUCGACGACAAAGACCGCACACUGCUGAACUUUUACACCACUGCCUACUGUCGAGGCCGAACAUUGAUUCCUCAGAACAAUGCCUGGCUCACGGAAAUCACGCCCAUGGCAGAGUCGGACCCAAUAGUUCAGCACUCCCUCUUGGCCCUCUCGGGAGCCUAUGUCUUAGACUAUGUCCAGAGCGACGAUCUCCGACAGCGGACCAACCGCCACUAUGCCAAAGCCUGCGAGCUCAUCAGCCAGGCGUUGUCAAAUGCUGAAUCUCACGAUGUCGGCAAAAGUGCCGCUCUUGUUGCUGCCGUCAUCUUGUUGGAGGCCGACGACGAGAUAAUUUGGGAGCUGCGCCGGCCCAAGUCGGAAAUCCCAAACUUCAUCAGAGGUCUCCAUCUUGCCAAAAGGCUUCUCGACCACUCCGACCCGGGUUAUCGAUACUGGAAAGCAACCAAUGUACAAAGCACCAAAUCAUGGGCGGGAUUGUCCAUGGUGGUCGCAGUAGGAUGUAUUCUGCCCGAGCUCAUGUCACCUUUGUUGCCGACGAACCCCAAGGAUAGCAACUACUCCUGGCUCUUGUGGGGGACGAAAAAGGAGGUGCACACGAUUUACGGCUGCAAAGGUCUAUCGCCAAAGCUCAUCCACAUAUUUGCGCAGAUCACACGCCUCUGCGCGCAACUGAAGGAAUCGCCAGAUUCGGUGAUUGUCCCCAUGGGUGCGGCUAAGAUUCAGGAGAUACUCGAGUCUUUCCGUCAGCGAUCUCGGCUGUCAGAGGGGUAUCCCACCACGCAGGAGCUCUUGGAUUCUUGUGAGCUAGAUGAGGAUGGCAAAGUCAACAGCGCGACCAAAGUCACCGAACUUUCGGGUGAGUGCUGGGUGUAUACAGCCAAAAUCUAUUUGCAGUGCAGGUUCUUCAGGAAACCGCGGUCACAUCCAGACGUGCGUUCCGCCCGGGUAAUGCUGCAACGUUGCCUCAAGCCAUUGCCCGAAUCUGGUCCUCUGUUGACAGCUCAAACCCCCUUCUUUCCUGUCGUUCUGAUGGCCAUCAUCUCGUACACGCCGGAAGAUCGAGACGUGGCACGUGAGUGGUUUGAAAGUGUCCUCGCACGUGGUGGACGAUCGAAUAUUCCUCCCAUCUGGCAAGCUACAAAGCUCUUAUGGGCUUGGUUAGACGGCUAUUCUGUCGGGGAGGAGAGUAUGUCAUACGACGAGGACACUCCGGUCGGUCUUCGACAUGCAUGGUGGGAGGAUAUGGUAGAGUAUCUGAUGGAGGAAGUUGGCUGGAUGAGUUUGACAUGA